AGACCACUAAAUAAAUUUGUUUUAGUUUACUUUUAAUUCAAUACAUUCAAUCCAAAGAGCGUAAUAAUCACUACGUUCUAUUUCAAUCACAUUGAUGUUACUAACACAACUAGCAGUUUUCUUGUUUUAUACAACAAUAUUUUUGCGUCAUAUUUAACUAAUUUUUAUUACAAUUUCUUAGAUUACUUAAAUAUAGUGAAGGCUAGAAAAUAUGGAUAAUAAUAUAAUCCAUAGGAGAAAUAGACCAGAUUCAGCUCCUGGCACUUGCACUCCUAGUACAAGUGAUAUAUCUACAUCUAAAGCUUUAAUUUUAGUCUUGAUAAUUUUUACCUCUUCACUGUUGGCUUUGGGACUUGUAUAUAGACAAUUUCCGGAUUUGGAAGAACAAGAAAGACAGCAUCUAAAAUUGCCAUGGGACCUUGAUGAUGCCAAGCAGCUUGGUUUGGUGUUGGAUCACUACAAGGACAAGUACUUCUAUGAAGUAAUGAGUGGCGUUUUUCUAAUUUACAUAUUCUUGCAAACUUUUGCAAUACCUGGGUCCAUAUUCCUCAGUAUUCUGUCGGGGUUCCUGUUCCCGUUUUACCUGGCUCUAGGCAUGGUGUGCUGCUGCUCUGCAAUCGGAGCCAGCCUCUGCUUCUUCCUGUCCAAUCUUCUUGGGAAAAAGCUGGUGAAGAAGUUCUUUCCAGAGAGAGCUGCGCAAUGGUCAAAAGCUGUUGAAAAGCACAAAAACAAUUUGCUCAACUACAUAAUAUUUUUGAGAGUGACACCCUUCUUACCCAACUGGUUCAUUAACAUGACAGCACCCGUUAUAGGUGUGCCUCUAGUGCCAUUUGCUGUAGGAACUUUUAUUGGUGUUGCUCCUCCGUCUUUCGUAGCAAUUCAAGCCGGGCAGACUCUCCACACCCUCACAUCCACAAGUGACGCCUGGUCUUGGACCUCCAUCACUGUCCUGAGUGUAUUUGCUCUAGUCUCACUUAUUCCAGUUCUACUCAAGAAUCGUCUACGAGAAAAGUUUGAAUAAACUUUAUAGAAAUGUGAUAAUAGCAAAAACGGGAUGGUUUGUGGUUUGUGUGAUUUCAAUGGUACUUAGUGACAUACCAUUAGUAGUUAUUUUUUAAUAGUACAGUUUAGCAAUUGUUUUUUGCACAUUCCUGGUUGAAUGUUACUUCCUAAAUGGUUAGUAUUUUUAAAUAAUUUAUUUAGGAUGGCUGGUUUAAUUUAUAAAUCUUAAUAAAUGGACUUUCUUAUAA